UGAACUUUAGUUUUGGGUACACUCUGUGCUGUGCGUCCACUCGUAGAGUCGUAGUAUUAUCGUUUCGUUUCGUUUCCUUUUUCCAAUUCUACCUCUGGUCUGGAGUGAGAAUUGCUUCGUUUUUCAAAUGUUUCGUGUCGUUCAUCAGAAUUUUUUGUGUAUUGAGGCACACCCAUUAUCAGAUAAUCAUACUUUUUCUCUCAUCAGAAAGUGUAGAAUACGAAUACCAACCUCUCGUUUUGAUGAUGAUGAUGAUGGUGGUGAAAAACUCAUCAAGAAAAGGGGAAGAAGAAGAAGAAGAAUCAACCUCAACUUUCAUGUGUGCCGUGCAGUGGAGAAAGAGUCAGAGUUCGAGGUUGACCCAGAUAAGGCCCGAGAAUCCCUUAGAAAGCUUGACGAACAGCUUCAAUCUCUCUCCAACAAACCAAUCAACCGUCCCAAGAUAAGGGCUUCAGAGCUGGAUGAUGCACGAGUUCAAAUGAAAGAAGAAAGGCCAAAGUUUUCAGAAUCUUCUCUUGCAUAUCUGGCUUUUGCUCUCCUUAUCUUUACCAUUUUCUAUAAUGUUUUAUUUAUUACGGUUAUAAAACCAUCCAUUGAUGGACCAGAACCAAUUGAAGAGCCAGUUGCAGCUACUUCUGUGAGAAAAGCUUCAUGAGUAGCGCUUUUACCAUGGCUGCCGUCAGUGUCGCCAAUUUGAAGUUUCUGAUUUGUUGUAAAUUAUAAAUUUCAAGCUUUUGUGUAAUUUGACAGUAGAAAGCUUCACGCAAUAGUAAGAAUCAGUUUUGCUGCUUCAUCAUGCCAAAACAAAGGGGAUAAAAUUAUUAUCAUAAGGUUGAAGUUGUCGGGCUUAAACUGCAUGAUUUUGUUGAGAGAGCAAUUGCUUAACAUGGAAAUGAAAUUGUUUGUAGCAUUUCUGUUGAACCUAUA